AUGAGGUUACCUCGAAGUCCCGCCUAUGCGGCCAUCUUCCUCUUCCCCUUCCUCACCUCUGCGAAUCUUCUAGACUGCAAUCAUGCUCGAGCAGACGGUGUCGACUGGACGUUCAAGCCGUUGGGAGGACCGAAGUCAGUCCUUCAUGCUGAUGAGGGUUCAGCGAGCUGGACGAACACGACAUACACAAUCGACCUCUGCGCGCCUCUGAAGCGGAAGAACGACGUGCCGGCCGAUCAAAAAUGUCCAGGCGGUACUCGAUUGUGCAGUAUCGUGCGUGUGAUCAACAAAGACGAUAAAAAGGAUUUCAUUUCAGAUGCGUUUCCUAUUGCUGGAGAACUGAGAGACCAAGGAGGCGGAUAUUCCGAUGCAAAAUGGACACGACUAAAGACUUCGAAGCUGGAUACGGAUGCUGGAAAGGAAGGCGUACGACUGGAGAUUAAGGGGGGCUUCAGGACGGUAGACGGCUCGAAGAAAAAACAAAAGGCAUUUGUGGAGUUUAUAUGCGAUAAAUCGCUAGUGGGAGACGAGAAUCUUUGGGAUCCGGAGGACAAAUACGGGGAUGGGAAUACCAAACGGGAGGAGAAGGCCAGCGGGGAGCCGAGCCUGCAAUUCGUAGAUUACGACAAAUCGGGCAAAGAUGAGGAUGUCUUGACUCUGUUGUGGAAGACAAAAUAUGCAUGCGAAGAGACGAAGAAGGAGGAGGAUGCAGAGAAGAAGAGUCACUGGGGAUUCUUCACUUGGUUUAUCAUCAUCGCGUUCUUAUCGACUGCUACAUACCUGAUAUUUGGCUCCUGGCUCAACUACAACCGAUAUGGAGCGCGUGGAUGGGACCUUCUUCCUCACGGGGACACGAUCCGAGAUGUGCCAUACUUGCUUAAGGAUUGGAUGCGGAGGGUACUGAACACGUUAUCAGGACCAGGUACGCGGGGCGGAUAUGCUGCAGUAUGA